UGAAAUGUGAGAUUUUAAUUCUAACAAUAAAGUGUAGUAGUAGCAGUAUCAGAGGCGGAGAUGCUGAGCACCCAAGUAUUACUGAAUAGAUUCAAUUUGAGUGCAAUUUCAAAGAAGACAACAUGUCUUCAUAUAUGUGGGAUAGUUAAGGUUCUUGUGGAUAAAGUGGAUGUUGGGGGUAUUACACGUCAAAUGAUGGAGGUAUCAGAUAUAUUGGUAAAUUUCAUAACAUAUGUGAAUGAGCAUUACAAAACGAUUGUGGAGCCUGCUGGAAUCGAUUUUGAUGCAGAUAUGGACAUCUCAGAUAUGGACAAUAAGAUGAUAGAAAGUUCAGUUGGAAUGCAGAUUUGUGUGCCUGAGGGUGGAGAAAUGCUUGAUUUCUAUGGUGAAAGGGAUUUAAUUGGACAUGGGAUAGAUGAUAAUAUGGAACCAUAUAUUGGAAUGGAGUUUGAGUCUGAAGAGACAGCCAUGGUUUACUAUGAUGCAUAUGCUAAGCGCGUUGGCUUUAUCAUCCGUGUUGGCAAUUGCCACCGUUCAAGUCGUGAUGGGUCAGUCAUUAGUCGUAGAUUUCUUUGCAAUAAGGAAGGUUUUCGUGUAAACAAUAAGAAGGCAAAACGGCUUGAAGUGAGAAAGCCAAGGGAAAUAACUAGGGAAGGUUGCAAGGCAAUGAUAAUGGUGAGGAAAGAGAAGUCAGGGAAAUGGGUUGUUACAAAGCUUGAAACAGAGCAUAGUCAUCCACUAGGAAUACCUGCUGGGAAGGGCCGUCGGGGUGCAAUUCAGGCACGGCCACAGGAUGAGAAGGAUAAGAAAAUCCGAGAGUUAUCUGCUGAGCUUCAUCGUGCAAAUCAACAGUUGGCAGAGUGUGAAGAGCAACUAAACAUGGUUUUGAAAGAUAUAGAACAGCAUACAAACCACCUAACAAGAAGUCUUCAUGACAUAAUCGAGAAUGUAAAAGAAAUCGAAGCUGAGGAUGAAGAGCAAUUAUAACAGGGCUUUUGGUGCAUUUCUACCUUUCUUUUUCCAACUUACAAUUCAUCCAUUACUGCAUUAUUUAGUUGUAUUUUUUUUUGCCCCUUUUUUUCUGUCUACUGCUAUUUAUCGAGUACGAGUGUAUAUAGAUAUUUGGAGGAUUUGUAAUGGGGAAGUGCCUUCAUGAACUUCAGACCUUUCAACUUACUGAAAGAGCCGCGUUCAUUGUUGCACAGGUGACUUUCCAAACAUCAGAGAAGAGUUUGGCAUGGUGCUGCAAUUCGGCAGGGAUUGUGUGUAUCGGUGCAUUGUGUCCGAAAGAGUUCCCUGCAACAUGGAUCUGGGGAAGGUGGGCAGUUCGUUAGUUCUAUUGAAACUUUUAACAAUCAUCUUCUCCACAUUUCUCUCUCUUAUUUUUUAUGUAUUUAAUGAAAAAUAAAAUAAAAAAUUGAUUGUAAUAAUGAUUAUGUUAGAUUCUGACCAUCUUGUUAAUACCUAGUUCAAACUAUUUUCAUUUGUAUUAAGACAGUUCAUAGCAAACACAUUGACAUUGUGUUUCACUAUCAAUAACAGAAAUGCUGAAGAUUCAUAUUGAUUGUAUUUGUA